UAUUAUCGAAUAAUCAAUUGAUGCAUAACAUUUAUAAUUUUUACGAAGAAUUUGACUCGAGAAUUUAUAAUAAUUUAGAACAUCGUAACUUAUAUGUGUUGAACUUAGAUUGUGAUUAUGCUCUUGAUGUUUUACGACAGGCAAAUUCGAAAAACAUGUUUGUGGCCCCCACGAAAUGGUUGCUCUUCCAGGAUCUAAAUAUAUCAAUUGAUAAUAAUAACAAACUAGCUUUCAUAUACAAUGACUCAAUAUUGGAAAUCUUCGAAGAAUUAGCCGUCUAUCCUGAUAGCGACGUGGUCCUCGCUCAAAGAUUUGAUGAUAAUUUUCUUCAACUUAUGUCCGUAUAUCGACCAAGCCCACAACGAGGGGUAAUAUGGGAAAAUCGCGGGAAUUGGACAAUCGCGAAUGGUCUACAAAUGAAAACUUUUGAUGUGGCUUCGGCACGCAGAAGAAAUCUUCAACAGACGGCUCUUAAAUCUGCUCUCGUGAUGACUGAUCCCAACACGAUCAAUCAUUUAACUGAUUUCGAAGAUAAAUCCAUAGAUCCUGUCACGAAAGUUGGAUAUCCAUGGAUGCUUCAUUUAGUGAAUCGGAUGAAUGCAACGAUAAGUUUCGAAAUUACUGAUAGUUGGGGAUAUCGUGCGGAGAAUGGCUCUUGGAGCGGAAUGAUCGGGAUGCUGGAGCGACGCGAGAUUGAUAUUGGCGGUACCGCUACAUUUCUUGUACCAGAACGUCUCGGUGUUGUGCAAUAUAUCCAAUUGUACACAAAGACUGGCUCACGUUUUAUAUUUCGACGACCAUUAUUGUCGACCGUAAGCAAUAUAUUCAUUCUACCCUUUCAACGUAACGUUUGGAUAGCGAUUGGCAUAUUCCUCGUUCUCGUUUUUUGUUUGCUUUCUUUAUCUAUCAAAUGGGAGAAUCAUCAGAAUAAAGAAAUGACAAAAUCAAUAGUUUACUGGAAGGAAUCAGAUUCCACCAAGCCAACAACCAGUGAUAAUCUACUUAUUCUUUUAAGUGCAUUUGUUCAACAAGGAUCUACAUAUGAACCGUUUCGAAUUUCAUCUCGAAUUAUUAUUUUAAUGUUACUGUUGGCUUCAUUAAGUCUCUACGCGGCUUACACAGCAAAUAUCGUAGGCCUACUACAAUCCACUACGGAUUCUAUCAAGACUCUUCCGAAUCUUCUCAAUAGCCCGCUAAAAUUAGGUGCGCAGGAUGUUGUGUACAAUCGAUAUUACUUCAAGUCAUUUCAAGAUCCAGUUAGAAAAGCGAUUGUGGAACAGCGAAUCGAACCAAAGGGACGCAAAUCUAACUGGAUGCCCAUAGAAGAAGGUGUACGUCGAAUAAAAAACGAACUUUUCGCAUUCCACGGUGAGAUUGGUUCGAUCUACGAAUUAAUGGAAGAUACAUAUCAAGAGGAGGAAAAGUGCGGCCUGACGGAAAUCGAUUUCUUAAAAGUCUUAUAUCCGCUUCUCGUUAUACAAAUACAAUCGCCAUACUUGGAAAUAAUAAAAAAUGGAGCUUUAAAAUUGGGAGAAUACGGACUUAAAUAUCGCGAAGAAUAUCGUUUAUAUACGAGAAAACCGGUGUGCUCGAGUCAGACUAUAAGCUUCAUCACCAUCAGUAUCACGGAAUGUUACUUCACUUUAGCCAUAAUGGGCUAUGGAAUUCUUCUCACCAUAAUUGUAUUUGUGCUUGAGUUAUUAUGGCAUAAAAAGCAAAAUGCAUGUGUGACAGAAAAAGCAUCAGACGCAAAAAUCAUUGAUUGUUCUGAUUAAAUUCCAGCAAUGUAUAUUCGUAAAAAAAAUAUAUAUAAACGAGGAUUUACUAAAUUGUUGCUGUUA